AUGUUAAGACAACCAUUAAAUAACGAUGAUAUUGAUCCAAAUGGGCGACUAAACUGGUUUACUGGAUCCAUUCCAUGUAUGUUUAGCGUAUUCAUUUGCAUACUUUUGUCGGCGUGUGCUGUUGCAGUCAUACUUUCAUUGAUACCUGUAUAUCUUAAAAAUGCUGGUGACAACAUAGUCAAUGACUACAGUACAGAAACUGGUGACAUAACACAAACAUUCGUUUCAAACUUGAUACUAAUCAAUGGUCAGAGUACGACAAUCACCAACUUUGAUCAGAUAGCUCAACAAAUAGAAGUUGCCUAUGGUUUUCCAGCAGGCUCAGUAAGAAUCACUAAUAUUGUAAUCACUGAUAUUAGCACAAAUGCUGAUAGUGGUCGCCGUCGUCGUGAUGAAUUUUACAGAGAAAAACGUCAACUUAUCUCAGCUCUUUUUAAUACACAUGCUUCAAAUUUUCCAGUGACAUUUGUAUUUGCUGACGGACGCUCCAUUCAACUCGAGUUAUUCGCUUGCAAGGCAACUGGUACUUUUCAAUCGUUUGGUAUUUCAAGUGCCACAACUGGAACUAUAACGACAACAAGAGCUCCUGUCUGUUCGCUUCAAUGGAUUGCAAUAGGAACGACUGUAGCAGGUGUUACGAAUAAUUCUAGUACUGAUACCUCCCGACUCAACACUCCUCGUGAUGUAUUUUUGGAUACAGUCAAUACACUCGUUGUCGCUGAUACAACAAAUAACAGAAUCCAAAGAUGGACGAUAGGCGCUAUCCAGGGUGCAACAGUCGCUGGUCAAGCAGAUGGAGGCGUAGGCACAGAUGCAACUCAGCUCAGUGGACCUGAAGGUGUUGUUGUCGAUCCAAACGGAAAUAUCUAUGUGGCAGAUACUGUUAAUAAUCGAGUUCAACUCUGGCCAUUUGGAGCAACUCAAGGCACGACAAUUACCGGACUAGCAUUAAAUACUCCGGCUGGUAUUGCAUAUGAUGCUAACUUGAACAGACUUUUUGUCGCUGAUACUGGCAAUAAUCAAGUGAUCCAAUACACACUCUCAAAUCCAGUGGUUUCUGCUGUGGUUGCUGGCACUAAUGCAGCUGUUCCCCCUAAUCCAUUGAACGCACCAACUGGUAUCUUUUACGAUGCAUCAUCAAAUAGUCUUAUAAUCGCAAACCGUGAUGCUAAUAAUAUCAUCCAAUGGUUUUUAGCAACCAAUACAUUCUUAGUUCUUGCUGGUGAUCCGGCUGGAACGGCUGGUACUGCCUUGAACAGACUAAGUGCUCCCCGAGGUGUAGCACUCGAUUCAAAUAGAAAUAUAAUUGUAGCCGAUACAGGAAAUCAUCGCAUAAUACUGUUUGCAUUUGGUCCACCAACGGAUGGUACCAAGACCGGUAGAAUCAUUGCAGGAACUGGAGCCGCUGGCAAUGAUGAUUGA